AUGAGAAACAUGGAACAAGCCUUUGUCAAUGUAACCUUCCCCGAGGUCGAAACGUUGGCUACGAUUCCAUCCAGCUCAGACGAGCCUCUCAAUCAAGGACAGGAUGAGCGCAGUGACAAGGAUCUCAAUGACAGCCACAGAACCGACCCCGUUCCCUUUCCCAUUGCCAUCGUGGGGAUGGGAAUGAGGCUUCCAGGCGGAGUGAGAUGCGCUGAGGGAUUCUGGGAAUUUAUCGUCAAUAAACGUGACGGUCUCUGUCAGGUACCAGACUCAAGGUACAACGUGGAGGCGUUCUACGACGUGUCGCGCCCAGGAGCCAUCCGAACAAAGCAUGGGCACUUCAUUCACGAGGACAUCACUCAACUGGACAACGUAUUCUUCAGCAUAGGCAAACCUGAAGCAGAGAAGCUCGAUCCACAGCAAAGACUUCUGUUGGAAGUUGUUUGGGAGUGCAUGGAAAACGGCGGACAGACCGACUGGCAGGGAAGUAACAUCGGCUGCUACGUAGGUGUCUUUGGAGAGGACUGGCUGGAUCUCCUGAGCAAAGACACCCUGCAGCACGACAGAUAUCGCGUCAUGAGUGCCGGAGACUUUGCUCUUUCCAAUCGCGUCUCCUACGUGUACGAUCUGCGAGGACCAAGUGUCACUCUUAGAACAGGUUGCUCUUCGUCCAUGGUUGGAUUGCAUGAUGCAUGUCAAGCCUUGUACGCUGGAGACUGCUCCUCUGCCCUCGUCGCCGGCACGAACCUUAUCAUGGGCCCGACCAUGACAACCACGAUGUCCGAAAACAUGGUGAUAUCCACCAGCGGGAUAUGCAAGACCUUCGACGCAGCAGCCGAUGGAUACGGCCGAGGAGAAGCCAUCAAUGCGAUCUACAUCAAACCACUCCACGACGCGCUUCAGCAGGGGGACCCAAUCCGCGCGAUUAUUCGGUCAACCGCAGUGAAUUGUGACGGCAGAACGCCCAGUAUCACGACUCCAGGGGCCGAAGCCCAAGAGCAGCUAAUCAGACACGCCUAUAGCAAGGCGAGGAUCGACGGGGACGAAGUAUGCAAAACCGCGUUCUUCGAGUGUCACGGCACUGGCACGCUGGUUGGCGACACGGCAGAAACGUCGGUCGUCGCCAACAUUUUCGGGCGCGACGGCAUCUACAUCGGGGCGGUUAAGCCCAAUGUUGGUCACUCGGAGGGUGCCUCAGGCAUCACUAGCAUCAUCAAAUGCGUGUUGGCGCUCGAGCACAACCUCAUCCCUCCCAACGUCCACUUCCGCACCCCGAAUCCGAAAAUCCCCUUCGACAGCGCCAAGCUCUGCGUCCCGGUGGAUCCCACGCCGUGGCCUGCCGACCGACGCAACCGAGUGAGCGUGAACUCGUUUGGCAUCGGAGGAACAAAUGCUCAUGGUGCGCAAUGGCCUACGAUGGGAAGAGACCUGAUGGUCCGAUUUGCAUCAUUUCGGGAUGACAUCCGAAACUUGGACCGUGUGUUGCGGACGUUGGAAGCCGCGCCCGCGUGGACAAUUGAAGGGGAACUAUCGAGGGAAAAUGAAGCCAGCCGGAUAGGGGAUGCUGAGUUCGCGCAACCCCUCACCACUGCCAUCCAAAUCGCCCUGGUAAACUUGCUGCGUGAAUGGGGUGUGUGUCCAACUUCAGUCAUAGGACAUUCCAGCGGUGAGAUCGCUGCUGCCUAUGCUUCUGGAGCGAUCUCAGCUAGUCUUGCAAUUACACUCUCCUAUUUCCGCGGGCAAGCAAUAAAAGCUAUACCACCGAGAUCUGGCGCUAUGGCUGCGGUGGGAAUGUCGCCCGAGCUGGCGAAAACAUAUUUGCGACAAGGGAUCGCCUUGGCAUGUGAAAAUAGUCCCCAGAGCGUUACUUUGUCUGGGGAUGCGAAUGCCUUGGAUGCCGUGCUCGCCCAGAUCCAUAACGACGACAAGGAUACAUUCACUAGGCGGUUGGCUGUCGAUGUUGCCUACCAUUCUCAUCACAUGACCGAACCGGCGCAAGUGUACGAAACGUGCAUACUGCCGUUCAUUUCGCAUAAUGACUAUAUGGUACCUCUAUACUCAACGGUGACCACCAGAGUUGUUUGCGACCCGUCGGAGUUGGAUGCUGGAUAUUGGUGCCAGAACCUGCAGUCCACGGUUUUGUUUGGCCCCGCCAUCCAGCAUAUGGUACGAGACAACUCUACCGGCCUAUUAUUCCUGGAGAUUGGUCCCCAUUCUGCACUAUCAGGACCAGUACGACAAACGAUUCAAUCCGAGCAGACUAUCGAAAGGAUUCCACCUUAUGUUCCCACUUUGCGCAGAGGGCACGCCCAGUGGGAAAGCUUGCUGGAGACAGCGGGGCGUCUGUUUUGUCACGGGGCGACAAUCGAUCUUUCCGCUGCGAUCGCAGAUGGCAAGGUGCUCACAGAUCUGCCACUUUAUCCAUGGCAACAUGAUGGUAAGCUGUGGAGUGAAUCUCGAUUGUCCCAUGACUGGAGGUUCCGGGAAGCACCUUACCACGAGCUUCUGGGGUGCCGGUGCUUAGAAUCGACCAAGGUGGAGCCUUCGUGGAGAAACCUUUUACAGCUCGACCAGGUACCGUGGCUUACAGACCACAGGGUUUGCAAGGAAGUUGUUUUCCCGUGUGCUGGAUAUGUUGCAAUGGUUGGUGAGGCAAUACGUCAAAUAACUGGAACAACUGAUUUCACGGUGAAGAACCUGUUCAUGAAAACAACCUUGACUAUUGCACCGUCCGAGGUUACAGAGGUUGUUACUAGUCUUCGGACAGAAAAGUUGACUGAUAACAUUGAUUCGAGCUGGUACGAGUUUACCAUCUCCGCAUUCCAGAAGGAAGUCUGGAAGAAAUACUGUGUGGGACAAGUCAGGCCUGGGCCAACCAAAGAGCAUCCAAUUCCCAAGAACCCAACCUACUGCCGCACCGUCCCCCAAGACAGGUGGUACAGUGCAUUGGAAGGCCGUGGCCUUGACUACGGCCCUCACUUCCGGGGGCUUGAGUCUAUCUUGGCUUCUACAACUAAGCCAACAGCUACUGCUACCAUACGUGACCGAGGCUUGUUUCAUGCGCACAAAUAUGCGCUCCAUCCCAUAAUCAUUGACCAAAGUCUUCAGCUCCUCAGUGUCGCUGCAACAAACGGUAUACCUCGCCGGCUAACGCGAUUAUGUAUCCCCAUGGCCAUUGAGGAGUUGUAUAUCUGCACAGGGAAGGGCCCAAUGUCCCUUGAAAUGUCAUGUCAGGAAGCUGGGGGAGCCCUGUGUGGCAACGGGGUUGUUUUAGCCGAGAACAAAGUCGUUCUUUCUCUGCAUGAGGGACAUUUUUUCAACAUCCAAGAUCCAGACAUCGGUCGACCAUUGUUGCCAGUAGCCUCUGUCCCUCGCUGGAUGCCCCAUAUUGACUUUGUUCCUUACGAGAAACAGCUUCCACCACUCUAUGUCAAUGUCCCGCUUGGUGAGGGAGUUGCCCGAUUGACACUGUUGGCUAUUCUGGAAACGUAUCACCAGUCGAGACCUUUGGUAGCGGAGGUGCCGCAUCUCAAGAAAUGGCACUCGUGGAUACAGUCGGAGUAUGAGCGUAUACGCCGUGGUGGACAAAGCUGGCUCAAGGAUGUCAAAGAUGCCCUAUCCCUCAGUCAUCACGAGCGUACCGAAAUCCUCGAAAACUACAAAUGCUACUCGAACACCGAGAUUGAGAUGUCAAUAUAUGAGAUAAGCAGGAGCAUUAUCGGAUCCUUACCAGACAUGAUGAAGGGCAAAGUGGAACCAAUUGAUCUUCUCAUGGAAGACGGAAAAUUGAAGUCUUUCUAUCAGUUUGCAUCGAGAAUGAAUCCGUGGAACAAAUAUCUUACUUUGCUUGGCCAUUCGAAUCCUUUGCUUCGAGUUCUAGAAGUCGGCGGUGGCACCGGGGGCGACACUUUGAUGGCUCUGGAAGGAUUGACGUUAGGAAACGGCAACCGACUGUAUGCCAAGUAUACCUUCACCGAUAUCUCACCAGCAUUUCUACCGCACGCUAAGGAACGAUUCAAAACAUACGCAGACAUUGAAUAUGCCAUUUUGGACAUCAGUCAAGACCCUGCUGAACAGGGCUUCGAACCUGGAAGCUACGACUUAAUCAUCGCAUCAAAUGUCCUUCACGCCACGCCUAGCAUUUCAAAGUCACUGGCUCAUGUCAGAAAGCUUCUUGCCCCCGGUGGUCGAUUGAUGCUCAUUGAAUUGACACCCGAGACACCUCUCAUGGAUUAUAUCAUGGGCAUCCUUCCUGGGUGGUGGCUUGGGGAGGCGGAUGGACGUCUUGGAAAACCUUACAUUACAAGUGAAGAGUGGCAUAAAAAAUUACUUGAUGCUAGUUUUACUGGUGUUGACGCUGCUCUGACCGAUAACCAGGCCCCUUACCAGUUGAAGUCACAUAUCAUCUCCCAGGCUGUCCCAAUUCAAUGUUCACCCAAAGUCGCUGUCCGUAUUUUUUACCGUGGACCUAUCACGGAAUGGGCUUUGGAUCUCGAAAGCCAACUAUCACGGGCUGGUCAUACGGUCAACUGGCACAGUUUGCAGAACCCCCCUCCGUUGGGAUCGAAUGUCAUAGUCCUAGUUGAUCUCGAAGGGCCUUUCUUGAAUGACAUGACGGAGGAAGAGUUCAGGUGCUUGCAACUGUUCAUCUCCAACAUGAACAGUGGUCGCAUUCUUUGGGUCACACGGCCGGUUCAAACGCAGUGUGAUGACCCUCGAUUUGCGUUGACACUCGGAGUGGUACGAACAAGCCGACACGAAGUGACCCGUGACUUCGCUACACUAGAGCUUGACAAAGUCGAUGAAGCCGCGGUGCAGUCAGUUGUUCAGGUCUUUGAAAAGGUGAUAUUACAAACGGAUAAACCCACAGUCCAGCGAGAUUUCGAGUUUGCGCUCCAAGACGGACUAGUCCAUGUUAAUCGGUUCCAGUGGAGCUCCCUUGACGAGCAGCUUAUUGAAGCGUCCCAAGUAGAUGGCGCAAGAAAGCUGGACAUUGGUUCCUACGCCAUCUUAGAUUCCUUGACAUGGUCUUGCGAGGGCUUCACCUCAUCCCCGCUCAAGGCCAAAGAUGUUGAAAUAGACAUCAAGUACUUUGCUCUUAACUUCAGGGAUAUGAUGACUGCGAUGGGCUUCAUUGGUAACAAAGACAACAUCGGCUUAGAAGCUAGUGGAAUUGUUCGUUGCGUCGGAUCUGGUGUGACAGCUGUUUCAGUCGGCGACAGGGUGAUGGUGAUAGAUAGGGGGCUUGCCUGUACGCGGAAGACCAUUCGCGAGGACCAAUGUCUUCCCAUUCCGGACGACAUUUCUCUGGAGGAUGCUGCUGCAGUUACCUGUGUUUAUGCGACUGUUAUCUAUUCCCUCAUGUAUAUGGGGAACAUCGAAGAGGGUCAAUCAGUUUUGAUUCACUCCGCCUGUGGUGGCGUGGGCCUGGCAGCCAUCCAACUGUGCCAAAUGAUUGGGGCCGAAAUUUAUGCAACAGUUGGAAGUGAAGAGAAGGUCCGAUACCUCACCGAGACAAUGGGAAUACCUGCAGAGCACAUAUUCAACUCUCGAAAUUCCUCAUUUCUACCUGGGUUGUUGAGAAGGACCAACGGCAGGGGUGUCGACCUUGUGUUAAAUUCGCUCUCGGGCGAAUUGCUUCACGCGUCCUGGAAAUGUGUUGCCCCAUCUGGAAAAAUGCUGGAGCUAGGAAAGCGAGACUUUCUAGGCCAUGGGAAGCUCGAUAUGGAUCUAUUCUCGAAAAACCGAUCCUUUAUCGGAGUUGACCUUCUCCAAGUUCUGGACGACGACCCGUCACUCCUCCACCAAAUGGCACAGGAAAUGAUGGCGUAUCUAACCGCUGGCAGAAUCCAACCCAUACGGCCCAUACACACAUACGAGGCCGUGAAUGUGAAAAAGGCGUUUAGAUACAUGCAAGGAGGUCAGAAUAUGGGAAAGAUUGUCAUCCGUAUGCCCGACAACCCAUCAUUGCUUCCUGUUACGCAAUUGCACGAGGCGACGCCGUAUUUUACAGAUUCAUCCUCCUACCUGCUGGUUGGUGGACUCGGAGGUCUUGGGCGUGCAGUGGCAAUGUGGAUGGUGGAGAAGGGAGCUCGACAUCUCAUCUUUCUGUCUCGCUCUGACACGAGCUCGUCCAAGCGACAGGCCUUCGUGCAGGAUCUCACAUCUCAAGGUUGCUGCGUAACAGCAGUCAAAGGAGACGUGGCAAAUGUGGGGGAUGUUCAGCGGGCUAUCGCUGCAGCGCGUAACCCAAUUGCAGGUGUUAUCCAGAUGUCUAUGGUACUAAAGGACCAAAGCCUACGGAAGAUGUCAUAUGAAGAGUGGAAGGCUGCCUUGAGUCCCAAAGUUCGAGGGACCUGGAAUCUCCAUCACGCGUUUCAACAUUUGCCCUUGGAUUUCUUCGUCCUCAUGGGCUCCGUGGCCGGAAUCUGUGGAUGGAGCGGGCAAGCUAAUUAUGGAGCAGCGAACACCUUCCUCGAUGCGUUCGCUAAAUACCGCCGCUCUCAGGGCCUUGUCGCCAGUGUCAUCGACCUAGGCCUGAUGGAGGACAUUGGAUAUGUCUCGGAGUUCUCGCUUCUGGAUACCCUAGCCAGAGCACGCUCGAGCUCUAUCCUGAUGUUAGGGGAAAGCCAUCUGCUGAAGGCAAUGGAGAGGACGAUACUUUCUCCCAGAUUUGAGUCCUCAAGUCAACUCAUCAUAGGCCUUGGCUCCACCAACGUCAUGUCGGAUGAUGACCUCGCUGUCAUGUGGACUCAAGAAGCUCGAUGCAGUGGCUGGAACAACAUUCUGUCCAAUGUGAACCAAACCUCGGUUAUAUCCAAAGCCGAUGAAUUAAGGGAGUAUAUGAAGGCGAUUCAGAAAGCUCCUGAACUGUUAGACAAGCCGGCGACCGAGCAAAGACUGACUGAGGAACUGGGAAAGCUGAUAGCAUCUUACACCUCCCGUCCAGACGAAAUGACGCGCGAUGAGCUAGCGAACAUUGCCAUUGACUCGUUGAUGACAUUUGAAAUACGCACUUGGUUCCGCCGCCAUGCUGCAAUCGAAUUAACCUUGCUCGACGUUUCAAACGCUGGAACUGCGGGUGAGCUCAGUAAAAUUGCGCUUCGAAAGUUGCGCGAUCUGCUGAACCAAGGAAGAUCAGGAGAUGUGAAGAACGUAGAGAGUAUUGAAAAUAUCAAUGACAAUUACGGAAAAGAUAUGAUGCUCGGGACGGAAAUCCGAUCACUUCCCGGUGAAGCGCCGGAUUGGACGUCCGAAUCAGAAGGUCGUGUCUUUCUGACUGGGGCCACUGGGUUCCUUGGUGCAUUCCUACUGGAACAGUUUAUCUGUCUACCCCAGGUAAAAUCAAUUGCCUGCUUGGUCCGAGCUAGCAAUGCUGCUGCCGGCAUGGAGCGCCUGAGCGACGCGUGCAGAAAGUUCGGCAUUACGACCAACUUCCGCGCCAAAGUCUUUGUCGUCCCAGGUGAUAUAACGAAAGACCAUCUGGGACUCGCGCGACAGAGAUAUGACCAGCUGGCGAAAUGGGCGAGUGUUGUAUUCCAUUUUGGAGCCUACGCCAAUUACACGCUACCAUACUCAGUCCAUCGAAGCUCCAAUGUGAUCGGAACCUUAGAAAUCCUUCGGUUCGCCAACAGUGGCCGUCUGAAAGCAGUGCAUCAUUGUUCCAGUAUCUCUGCCUGUGGUAUCCCCGAAGCUCUCAGCGGCGAGACACCCGAGGACCAGAGACCUCUUCUUGAAUCCCAGAAGAUCUCGCAGACCCUCGGUUACUCACAAAGCAAGUUUGUUUCAGAGAACAUUGCUUGGAGCGCGAUGGAAAGAGGCUUCCCGAUCGCAAUCUAUCGCCCCGGUAUAGUGACCGGCCACAGCAUCACUGGUGUAUGCAAGAAGGAAGAUGUGUUCAAUCGUCUUUUGUCACAUUGUAUCCGACUGGGCUGUUACCCACGUCCACCCGACCAGCUCGCCCAAUUUGUCCCCGUAGAUUUUGUCUGCUCUGCAAUCGCGCAGAUAUCGCUCCGCAGUGAUAGCAUCGGCCAUGCGUUCAACGUCGUCCUACCUGGUGAGGGACAAAAGAUUACGCUCAAGGACAUAUUCGACCUACUGAGCCAGAUCUGUCCCUCGCCAUUGCGAAGUAUGUCAUUCCCCGAAUGGGCAGAGCUGUACAUGAAGGGGGGAGAUACCAAUAUCAAGGUAGUCGGGCCUGUGCUUGUUGACAGACUGGCAGGCUACAGACUGUGGUGGGAUGAGAUGGAUCAUAUUUCGCCAUACAGCACGGUGAAUUUGCAUCACGCCUUGUCAGAGCACCCUGAAAUUCUCCAGUUGAAGUCCAUGCGAGAACUCCUCAAAACCUACUAUGAGUAUUGGAUGCACGAAGAGCAGGAUGAGUCAUGAGACUUGACAACAUGGAAACUGCGCCCUUCGGGCGGAUCCAAAGCCUGCGGAGACUUGCUAACAUACCCCUUCUCCAAUGGGAAGCGUUGUAUCUGUUAUAUUUUGGAAUUGCCAAGCAAGAUAGAUUGAAUUCUGGAACUUGCCAUCCAUAAAGAGCAUAACUGCAAUGUAAAGUCAUAUUCACCCCCGCUCACAGUGGUUUGCCUGAUUGCUGUUGUCCAACUAUGAGGUUGUCAUGGCUCUGACUCAACGCG